UUAAAUACCGGCUGGAGCGUCAAGACCGCAGUUCUCGGAUAUAGCCACAAAGUUCCUCAAGUUUCCCCUUUGGCUGCAGAAGAACAAGAGGCCAUUGUUCAAGUUAUACAAAGAGCGGAACAGUUGGAUAUUUCGGAACAACACAGGGUCGGAAAAUUGGUAGAAAAAUUGGAAAACAUGAGGAGAAAUGCACUGGGAAAAAAUGCUUCACAAUGCCUAUUAUGCGGUGACGGAUUUGGUUUACUUGGUGCACAAAAAAUAGUUUGUAUGGAUUGCAAAAGACUGGCAUGUACAAAAUGUUCCAUAGAUACUCUAGCUGGUAAGGGUCCAAGACACGUUUAUCAAACGCAGCCUAAGAGAUCGCCCAUUUUAGUAAAUCUUCUGUAUAUGACAAAAAGAGGAAAAUUGAGAAUUAAAAAAGUGCUUCUUUCUAGCAGCACCACAAGAGAAGAACAUUGGCUGUGUAUGAUUUGCGCUGAAACCAGGGAGAUGUGGAAGAAAUCCGGCGCCUGGUUUUAUAAAAGCAUUCCGAAAUAUAUUCUUCCUGUAGAAAAUUCUAGGUUUAUGAGAAGUAAAAGUGUUAGAGCUUCCAGAAGAUAUAAGGACGAUGAUAGCAGUUCCGAUGACGAGAGGAAAAUUUGGGGAAGGCGGAAGAGAACUAAUUCUAGUACAGAGAGUGCUCUAGAUGCGUUGGAACAAGACCAACAAAUAUAUCACAAUAACGUUAGCAGUUAUAUAUACAGGCAAACUAGUUCCAGUGAAUCACAGAUGUCUCGAGAAAUAGAAUCAUUGAAGACUCAAGUGAGUUCCAUGACUUUGAACGAAACCAAGAGUUGGGAAGAACCUAGCUCAGAAGGAAGGGUUACAAAUUUUGAUAGUCUUGAAGCGUCUCGUCGAGAUUCCAUGGCUGCAAGGUCAUUAUCGGAUUGGAACUGGUCCGAUUUUAGAACCGACGAAAAAGUAUCACCGAGUACAUCUAGUAUCAACAGCAGUAUUUUUAGGACCUACACCGACGAAAAAUCAGCCGAUACGUCCAUGGGAAUAAUCGAAUUGUCACUCACCUACGACCAAGAGACCAGUACCCUUUACUGUACCGUCUAUAGAGCCAAAAAUCUAAUAACAAUGGAUAUGGCCGGACUGUCAGACCCUUUUUGUAAAUUAAACAUAUUACCAAACGCGAAAAUGUCUACCAGACUGAGAACCAAAACAGUUCAUAAAACCAGAAAUCCUGAGUUCAACGAAAACCUAACUUUCUAUGAUAUCAGUGAGAGUGAUUUGAUGAAAAAGUGUUUGCAUAUUUUGGUGGUUGAUGACGAUAAAUAUGGCCAUGACUAUAUGGGGGAAACAAGAAUUAAACUAGCGAAGCUAAAAUAUCAGUCUACUAUUUACUUGACAGUUCCUUUGGAAAACCUUCGUCCAGAACAGAAAGGACCAGCCCCAUCUACAGAACUAACUGAAUGGUUCGACGAUCUUUGGUCCAGAGGUCAAAUUUUACUAGGUCUUUGCUACAAUACCAAAAAACGUGCGCUAGUAGUUACAGUGGCCAGAUGCGUUAAUCUGCUACCCAUGGACAACAACGGACUGUCUGAUCCAUUUGUGAAGUUACAACUUAAACCCGAUCCCAAUCAUAAGAAACAUAAAACUUCUAUAAAAUGGAAAAACUUGAAUCCAGUUUUCAAUGAAGAAUUCGCGUUUGAAACCAGACCCACCGAACUUAGUACACAAAGUUUAUACAUCACAGUGUACGACAAGGAUUACGGAAAAAGCAACGACUACUUGGGAGGUCUAAUUUUAGGGGGAACGGGAUCCAAAGGUCUGAGAUUAAAGCACUGGAUGGAUAUGAUUAGGUAUCCGGAUCACAGACACGAGCAAUGGCAUAAUUUAACUGAAGAUGUUUUAGAGUAA